AUGCAGGAAACGAGAAAGUGCAACACGAUUCCGCCCUCACAGUCUCGGCGCACCUUUGUCGUUACACGAUGCAAGAACAACGCACCGCCUCGUGACGAUUACCCAGGCGUUGAUUCGUACCGCCGCCGACAUGUUCCACAUCCGGAGCCGCGACUGGCGCGGCCAGCCAGCCAGCCAGCGCAGGUCGCGCGCGAGGCGGUGGCGCCGAUCUUAACGCGCGGCUUUGUGCAGCACGACGACGGUUUCGACGAGACGUGGGACGAUGUGGCGUCGCUGAACGUGCUGAGCGCGCUGGCCGGGCAGCACAGCGACGCGCGGGCGCUGCUCGAGGCCUGCUCCGAACUCGUCGCCGACAAGCACACGCAGCGCCAGCAGCCUGCGGCCGCGCCUCGCCACGCCCGGCAAGAAGGUGCUCGACUCGACCGCUCGACGGGGAUGGGGACGGUGGAGGUGCUGAGCGGCAACGACGCGCCCGACGCGCCCGACGCGCCCGACGUGCCCGACACGCCCGACACGUCCGGCUGGGUGACGGUCGACAUGGAGAAGCAGGUGGGAAAGGAGGACAGGGAGCGGGAGAGCGGCGGAGACAAGGAGCGGGAGAGCGGCGGAGACAAGGCUGGCGAGGAAAAUGAAUAG